GCGGAAUCCCUCUCUCCCCCACCCUCUCCCCUCUCCCUCUCAGAAGAACUCACCGCUUCUGAUUCUCCGCCACGCCGAAGGCCUUCCUCCUCCAUCCCUCUCCUUCCCCCACCCAGUGCAAGCAUGGCGUGCGGUGAAGGGGCGUGGUGCCAGGCGCUUUCCACCGUGAAGACCUCGAUCCAGGGAUUCCUGGCGAGCCAGCGCGUGAACAGCCUCGACACCCUGCUGGCCAAUCCGCUCUUCCUUGCCCUUGUCGGCUCGCUAGUUGGGCUGCUCUUCACUCUCUGGCAUCGACGCCAGGCAGCAGCGGGAAGCGGAUUCCCCUCCUUCCGGUUCUCGGCCAAUGCCAAUGACGAUCCGCUUGCCAGUCGCGACCCGUCUCUGACUGCCCAUAACAGAAUGGCUGCCGUUGGUGUUGAUCUUGGUACCUACAAGACCGUCAUUGCCGCCGCGCGUAACCGCGGCAUUGACAUCCUGGUCAAUGAGGUCUCCAACCGCUUUACUCCCACCCUCGUCGGUUUCACCCCGACCAACCGUGUCCUCGGUGAGACCGCCAAGGCUGGUGAGGUGAUGAACGCCAAGAACACCGUCGGCAACAUGAAGCACCUGAUCGGUCGUUCUUUCAACGAUCCCGCCGUCCAGGCCGAGGCCGAGCACGUCACCUGCAACCUGGUCGAGAUGCCGGACGGCUCUCCCGGCGCGUCGGUCAGCUUCCUCGGCGAGCAGACCGAGUUCGACUUCACCCAGCUCCAGGCCAUGCUGCUUACCAAGGUCAAGCAGACCGCCGAGGCCGAGCUGAAGAACUCGGUCGAGCUGGUCUGCCUCACCGUGCCGGCUCACUACACCUUCCGUCAGCGCAUUGCCCUGAACAAUGCGGCCUCCAUCGCCGGGCUGAAGGUUGCCCGCCUGAUGAGCGAGCCCGCCGCCUGUGCCCUGCUCUACGGUAUCACCCGCAAGGGUGAGCUCCCCGAGGAGACCGAGGCCCCGCGCUAUGUUGUCUUCGCCGACAUGGGCCACACCGCCUUCACCGUGUCCGUGGUGAAGUUCACCCAGAAGGAGGCCUCCAUCAUCGGCAUGGCCACCACCACCGCCAUCGGCGGGCGCUUCUUCGAUAGCCUGCUGGUCCGCCACUUUGCGGCCAUCGUCCAGGAGAAGCACAAGUACGACAUCUUCGAGAACAAGAAGGCCAUCCUGCGCCUGACCGUGGCUUGCGAGCGCCUGAAGAAGAUCCUUUCUUCCAACCCGAUCGGUGCCCUGAACGUCGAGUGCCUCACCGACACCAUCGACCUGAGCGCCAUGCUCAAGCGCGAGGAGUUCGAGGCCAUGAUUGGCUCCCAGAUUGCCGUCGUCCACGAGACCAUCGCCGCCGCCCUGGCCCAGGCCAAGAUCACCAAGGCCGAGGUCAACUUCGUCGAGCAGGUCGGCGGGUCCAUCCGUGUGCCCAUCGUCAAGGAGCACGUCCAGAACUUCUUCGGCAGCGAGGUCACCUUCUCGGCCACCCUGAACUUCGAUGAGGCCGCUGCCCGUGGUGCCGCCUUCCAGUGCGCCAUGCAGUCCCCGAUGUUCAGCGUCCGUGAUUAUGUCGUCCGCCAGACCGUCAGCCAUGACAUCGCCCUGCGCUGGACCAACCCCGCUGGCGAGGAGAUGACCCGUGUGGUGCUCACCGCCGGCGAGCAGUUCCUCGGCAAGAAGCGCUCCAUUGCCUUUGACCCGGCCCUGGGCUCGCGUGUGUCUGCCAUCUACGCCAACCCGGCCCAGCUCCCCCACCAGACCCCGGAGGAGAUUGCCCACUUCAUCACCCCGGCCGAGCCGCUGAAGGAGGGCACCGAGUUCAACCAGCUGGAGGUCCUGUCCCACAUCAACCUCGAUGGUGUCUUCGAGUUCACCAAGUUCUACGUCCGCCACACCGUCCCGGCCGCCGAGCCGGCCGAGGGCGAGGAGGCCCCCGCCGGCCCGACCACCGUUCGCGAUGCCAUCACCCUGCCCGUGGUGUACACCUUCCCCUCGCUGUCGGCCGAGCAGCUGAACCUCCUGCGCGAGCGCGAGAACGAGAUGAUCGCCGAGGACAAGCUUGUUUUCGACACCCUCGAGCGCAAGAACUCCCUGGAGGAGUUCAUCUACCGCAUGCGUGACCUGCUGGACACCACCCUGGCCGAGUAUGUGGCCGAGGCCGACAUGGAGGCCUACAAGACCCUCCUGCGUGACACCGAGGAUUGGCUGUACGGCGAGGGUGAGAACGUCUCCAAGAGCGUCUACGAGGCCCGCCUGAGCGAGGUCCGUGUGCUCGGCGACGCGGCUCAGUACCGCUUCGACCAGGCCGAGGCCCUGGAGGAGGCCAAGAAGAAGUUCCAGGCCGGUGUCACCUCCAUCGUCGAGCUGACCCGCACCCAGGAGGAGCGCUAUGAGCACAUCGACGCCGAGGCCCGUGAGGCGGUCAUGUCCGCCGCCACCGCCGCCCUGGCCGACAUGACUUCUCGCAUCCUGGCCCAGCAGGCGGCUCCCAAGCAUGCCCACCCGACCCUCCUGUCGGAGAAUGUCGACGCGGCCCUGCGUCAGCUCCAGCUCCUGGCCAACAGCACCUUCUCCAAGCCCAAGCCCAAGCCCGUUGAGCCGGAGCCGGCCGCCGCCGCUCCCGAGGGUGCGGAGGCCGCCCCCCCGACCACCGACUCCCCCAUGGAGACCACCGACGAGGGUUCCUCCGCCCCGGCCACCGACAUGGACAUCGACUAAGGUCAGAUUCAAAGCCAGGGUCAGAGAUCGGCAGGGAGAAAGAGGAGGAGGGGGUCCUCCGGCUGAGCGACAAAAAGAGUGCGACGACCCCCAAGAGGGGGGCUCUUUCUCUUUCCAGUGCCUUGCACCGGAAGGGGAGGAUAAAAAAGGACCACAGGCGGGGAGAGGAAGGCGAAUGUGUGCCGUCCUCUCCCCGUGGCCUGGCACUUUUCUCUCUCUCUCUCUCUC